GGUCUCAGCCUUCAUUGCGCAGGCGUCGAGUUGGGUCCUUGCUUAGUGUGCGUGGUCCGGCUCCUCCAUGGCUUCGGAUGCUUAUGGCUCCAGGCUGGGCAGCGAUGACAUGUUUGACUCCAUAAUCCUGGCCGAUGACAAAUUUCGUGGGAAAGGGUAUCAGGAAGGGUUUACUGAAGGAGGUCAUUUGGGAGAAACUGAGGGACGGCGCUAUGGAUUAGCGAAUGGUGCCAAGAUUGGAUCAGAGGUUUCUUUUUACAAAGGUUUUGCAUUUACCUGGAAGUGUCUUCUUCAGAAAAACCAAGAUGCCAAAAGCAGUAAAAGGCUGAAAGCCCUAAAUGCAUUGCUGGAGAUGGUUCACAGGUUCCCAUAUGAAGACCCUACCUAUGACAAGUUACAGGAGGACCUGGAGAAGAUGCGAGCCAAAUUUAAACAGAUUUGCUCUCUACUGAAUGUCCAGCCUGCUUUUCAAAAUGCAAGAACAGCAGGGAUCUCCUUCUAAAGCAGAUCAUUAUGACUGACCAUCGUAAUACUGUUGACGGUGUGACAUUUUGACUGAACUAAGCCCAGCUCUCUCUGCCUGAAGUUAUCUCUACAAGCAAAUGUGGAGGAAGGGACUGGAUAAAGUGAAAUUCUCUCAGAAAGAGCAGAUACUUCAUAACUACAGGUUAUAACCUGAUGUUGGAAAGUGAUGCAAUUGCUGCUAAAAGGGAAAAUUAAUUCCAAGUUGACUGUCCUUUAAUUUCUUUUGGAAAAAAUCAGAUCUAAUGUGACCUGAACUGACUACAGCAAAACAAUGGGAGUUUAGUUUCCUGCCGGGAACUUGAAAUUUAAUGAACUUCCAGCUUUUAUCAGUUUGGAUUCAUUUCUCUCAGGAACAGUUAUACUGAACUUUCUCCUUAAGUUGCUUGUAUAUUUUUAAUUAUUUCAGAAAAUGACAGCGCAACUAGUUCUCAAUACUAGCAAUGAGUCAAGGAGAUGAUUUAAUUGGUGUUGGUUGAGGGAUAAAUAUCGGACAACUCUCCUGCUUUUCUUCAAAAUAGUGCUGUGGGAUCUUUUUUACAUCCACCUGAGAGGGCAGGCUUGGUCUCGAUUUAAUAUUUUGACUGGAAGACACCAUCUCUGCCUGUACAGCACUCCCUCAGUGCUGCAUUGGACCAUUAACCUGGAUUAUAUGCUCAAAUCUCUAGAGUGGGAUUUGAACUAAGGCUGAUAACAUAUAAUAGUUGUGUUUUGUUUUGGAGCAACAUGGAAUCUUGCUGAUCACAUAUGGUGGAUAAGUAACAUUUUUACUGGUUGAUAACAAAGCUAAAUUAUUUAUUGUAGUUGUAAAAAUGUUCAGAAUUUCAUGAUCAAAAUGGUUGUGACAGUUUUAAGACUGUAAUCAUUUGUAUUGAAUUAAAAUCUCAUUGAAAUUAGUUCAUUUAAUAAAUCAAGAUUAAAAAUCAA